CACAAAUAAGAUUUUUUUUAAUUGAAUCAGUAAUUAUUAGUUGUUAGUACGUACAAUUUAGAACAUUUUUAUCGAAAAAUGGUUAGUCGGAGAUUAUUGUUACCUGUAUUGUCAGGUAACAUUCUCAUGUUAGUGUCCGGUGCAUUUAAAGUUUGGCCUGUAGCAUAUUUGCAGACAAUUUUUAAAAGUGAUUAUGUUGGUAUGGCUCUUAUGUUUGAAUUAAUGGGUAAAAUAAUAGGGUCAAUAAUAUUUCCAUUAUUAGCGGAACUGAUAGGAAGAAAAUAUAGUUUACUUUUAAUGACUUUUCCGGCAGUCUUUAGUCUAAUUAUUUCUGAAUUCUUUUAUGGCAUUUUAUUUUUAUUCUGCACAGCGAGAGUAUUUUCUGGUAUGAUUGUUGGAGGUAGUUUCGCUGUAUUACCGAUUUACAUUGCAGAAAUCAGUGAAACUAAGUCUAAAGGAAGUCUCAUAGCAUCAAUGUUUAUAUUUUAUAAUAUUGGAGGAGAAAUUUUCAUUCCAUUACUGACGGGUAUCACAUACGAUUCGUCUGUUUUAGUGAGUUUAUGUAUUAUAGUUUUAGCUAUAGCUUAUUGUAUUACAUUUGCAUUAAUAGCUCCGGAGACUCCAUAUUAUUAUUUAAAAAAAGGACGCCAUAAUGUUGCAAAAAUAGUUCUUAACAAGUUAAGGGCAGCAAAUAUAAAUACAGAUAUUGAACUUAUUGAAAUGCAAGGCCACGUCAAUCAGAAUGGACAAAAUGCUCAAGAAAACGAAAGAGUUAUCGUAUGUGUACGAGGUCCAGGAUGGGUCAAAAGUGGAAUUAUGAUGUUUGGUAUUUUGGUAUCACAAAUUGUGAUUUCAGUUGGCGUAUACGAGACAAAUAUAUUCACAUUUAUUAUGCAUGAAAUGUAUAAUCCUUCACUUAUUAUAGGUGUAGCUGCUCUGUUGAUUUGCUGUAUUUCUACCGCUUUAGUUGACAAAAUUGGAAGAAAAUUGUUAAUGAUGAUAUUUUAUGGAGGAAUCGCUGUAUCUGCAGCAACAUUUAUAAUAUUAUUUAGAUUCAUACCGGUGGAGAAUGUGAAUGCUUAUCUUUUACCAACAAUAAUUUUAAUCGGAAGUCAAUAUUCUCUUUUCAUUUUACAAACAAUUUUAUUGGCUGAAUUGUUUCCAUUAAAAAUAAAAAUGAUAAGUUCAGCUUUAUUUACAUCUCUUUAUUUUAGUUCAGACAUAGUGAUACAUUUACUAAUGGUCAUAUCGAGUUUUUUUAAAUAUUUUCUUGUUGUAUUAAUUAGUAUUGGAAUGUUACCUAUAGUACGAUUUUUUUAUCUUGAGACCAGAGGAAAAAGUUUACAAAGAAUUCAGUCAAUAUUAAACAAGAAGUAGAUUUAAAAUUUUGCAUACACAACGUAGAAAUAACACGUGCGCGAGGCUUGGUAGCAUAUUUUUUAUUUUUAUAUUGCAUUAAUUAUUAAUUAAAUUGUAUUUAGGUUGAUUUAGGAGUAAAUAAAUUUUGUGUAUGACCAGUGUGUCAAUUUUUUUAAUUUUAAUUCUAAUCUCAUUAGUAAUUUAGUAUAUCACAAGAAAAGAG